CUCUCUCUCUCUCUCUCUCUCUCAGGUGCAGAUAAUUGUUCUUUUUUUUGUGUCUAUGGUAGGGUUAUAUGCUUUCACCACGUGUUGGCUUUGAUCGUUUUCUCGCGCGUCUGUGCCUGGGCAGUGGUAAACAAAUUUUUUAUGCCACUACGGUACUGUUCCGUAACUUAAAAAGAUGUCCGUGCCCGAGAAAGUGCUGAUGCGAAAAAUUAAGAAACGGGAAAAGACAAAAUUAACAGUGCUAAAGCGGCGAGAGGAGCAGAAAGAUGCAAUCAAGCCAGAAAAAAUACCCGAGACGAUACCUCAGCAAAACACAGAGGAUAUCCCUCCAAAAAAAAAGAUGAAGUUAAAGAUACUUGAGAAAAGUGAAAGAUCUGAGGUAGCUGAACAACUUCCGACUACUGACAAUGAGAAUUUACCUGGCACAGCUGUAGGUUUUGAAGUGACAAACGAUACAACCUUCUCGGUAUUGAGCGAGAAGGUAUGCGAGAAUACGCUGAAGGCGAUAAAGGAUAUGGGUUUUACAAAUAUGACUGAGAUACAAGCGAAAGCUAUUCCACCCCUUCUGGAAGGGAGAGAUUUGGUUGGCGCUGCCAAAACUGGAUCUGGCAAAACUUUGGCGUUCUUAAUUCCCGCCGUCGAACUGAUUUACAAGUUGAAGUUUAUGCCCCGUAACGGCACCGGUUGCAUCAUUAUGUCUCCCACGAGAGAAUUGUCUAUGCAAACUUUCGGGGUCUUGAAAGAAUUGAUGAAGUAUCAUUAUCACACGUACGGUCUGCUGAUGGGUGGUGCCAGUAGGCAGACCGAAGCGCAAAAGCUCGAAAAGGGAAUCAACAUUAUCGUGGCAACGCCGGGACGAUUAUUAGAUCAUUUGCAAAAUACACCCGAUUUCUUAUACAAGAAUCUUCAAUGUCUGGUCAUCGAUGAAGCUGAUCGUAUUCUGGAUAUUGGAUACGAAGAAGAGUUGAAGCAAAUCAUCAACAUCCUUCCCAAACGCCGGCAAACUAUGCUCUUCAGCGCGACGCAGACACAGAAGGUAGCGACGAUAACGACGUUAGCCCUAAAAAAAGAACCUAUAUACGUGGGGGUCGACGACGACAAGGAAAUGGCGACUGUGGAGGGCUUGCAACAAGGCUACGUAACGUGCCCGAGCGAGAAAAGAUUUUUACUUCUGUUCACAUUCUUAAAGAAAAACCGAAAGAAGAAAAUGAUGGUCUUCUUCAGUUCCUGCAUGUCCGUUAAAUAUCACCACGAACUCCUAAACUACAUCGAUUUACCAGUGAUGAGUAUACACGGUAAGCAGAAACAGACGAAAAGGACCACGACCUUUUACCAAUUUUGUAACGCUUCUUCGGGUAUUCUGCUUUGCACUGACGUGGCUGCGAGAGGCCUGGAUAUACCCGAUGUUGACUGGAUCGUGCAGUACGAUCCACCAGACGAUCCCAAGGAAUACAUCCAUCGUGUUGGUCGAACUGCUCGCGGGGAGGGUAGCAGCGGUCAUGCUUUGCUGAUAUUACGACCGGAGGAGCUUGGCUUCCUUCGUUAUCUCAAGGAAGCUCGCGUACCCGUGAACGAAUAUGAAUUUUCUUGGAAUAAAAUCGCCGAUAUACAAUUACAGCUUGAGAAGUUGAUAUCGAAGAAUUAUUUCUUACAUCAGUCAGCAAAGGAUGCAUUUAAGAAUUACGUCAGAGCGUAUGAUUCACAUCAUUUGAAGCAGGUCUUUGAUAUAGAGACUCUGGAUUUGGUGAAAGUUGCUAAAUCGUUUGGAUUUACCGUACCACCAGCAGUAGAUUUGAAGGUGGGAAUCAGCAAGUCUUCACGACCACGAAAAAGGCUCGGCGGGGGCGGCUAUGGACAUUUCAAAAAUAUAAACGACCCGAGUUCGGCAAAGCGGCUGAAUCGCACCAAGACCUUUCGCCAGAUAGGCAAACGUGGGCAGGACAAUCGGCAAUUCAGCAGAUAAUAGUCAUCCCCGCGCACCUUAUAGGCGAAGACGGCAGACAAUGGCGUACGAUGGCGGCGCAUCAUUAGGGAUCAAUUUAACGAUAUUAAUACAUCUCGGUGUGGUAACCUGAGGAUCGGCAGCAUAACAAUCCCGCCAACUUAAUCGCUCGAAGAUGAUCCCGCUGCCCUACCGGCAACGUAUAAAUAAGGUGCAACGCGAGAGAAGCAUACGUUCAAAUCGUAUUUUCUCAUAUACAUUUGGAGUCGGAAUAAACUUAUCCGCACCGUAUGUAUUAUGUAUACUGUAAAUAGUUUUAGUAAAAUGGUUAUAAGCAAAGAUCGUCCGAGUGCUCGUCAAACGGCAUCUUCCGCGAGUCUCAGACAUAAGAACAUUUAAGGUAUCAAGCUCCGGCAUUGUCGAUGUCAUUAUACAGUUUUAGAUUUAACGUCAGAUCGGAAAUAUAUUCGCUUUAUGUCAAGAA